AUGACGUCAAACCGUGCCUCCUGUUCGCUGGCCAUUCCGCCUAGAACGUAUGGCUGCCCGAAGGGCAAGUUUUGGUCUGGCGUUGGCGAGCUGCAGCGUUAUCCUCCGCUUUGGGAGGAUACCGACGGGGUUUUUGAAGAGUACUUGAAUGGCCCUUCUUUGUCGCCGUCGCGGCACCAGAAGUCACUCGGGACGUCGAGGGGCCUGAUGGAGCUGCACUAUGAUUCCAUGCGCAAGAAAGCCCAGGAGCGGGCUAAAUUCCAAACGCAAUCGGAAACUCCAAGCAUGGGUAGGGCCUACUCAGCAUGCUCCGGUUACAGCGGUUUGAUCCCUGGCAAGCUCUCAGGCAAUGUCGUUGGCUGCACUUUUUCCGAAGGCAGCAAACUUGCCAACGAGACUCAUGGCCACAAGUUUCCGCGCCCAAUGUCUGGAGCAGCUUGGCCUUUCAAACUGUCUGCCCCAACGGACCGUUGCUCAGUAGCUGAAGGUGAAAUGUAG